AUGCCGCCAACCACCCUUAGAGGCGGUUUACCAGUCGUUACAAUUGUAAUGGCCCGUAUGGUAGAUGGCACAAAGGACCAUGGAGUUAGACCGUUCCUAGGCCAGCUUGGCAAUGGAAACAAAAUUUGCAAAGGCGUCGAAUCGACGUCCGGACCUAAUCACACCAAGAGUCCUGCCUGGAUGUUCGCCUACCAAAGUCCUCCCUACUAG